CGAAACUUUCAGUUCUUUAGAAAUCAUCAAGAAUGAUUAGUUGAAAAGUACAAAGUGAACUAUGUUUAAUUUUGAGUGUAACUAUGAUGAAAAGGAGCGGGUGUGGAUGGGCGCAAAGCAACCACUAGUUUAUGAUUUUAACUGUUCUGUGGGAAAAAUUAUAUUCAAUAAUUUGAAAAAUUUUCCGAAAAAUGUCUGUCAGGUUUCCGAUAUUGAUGGACGUGAAGUAACUAAUGGUGAAUUGCUCUCUUGGUCGAUACGCUUGGCGCAGCAUUUCAAGAAAAUGGGCUUACGACAUGAUGAUGUCAUUGGUAUUGUAGCAAAGAACAGCACUUACUUGAGCUCCGUUGCCGUCGGUUGUUUUAUGAAUUGUACACCCUUUCAUACGAUAAACAGCGGUUUUGAUCCUGUUACAAUCCAAACACUCUUCAAAAAUACAGCACCAAAAAUUAUAUUUUGCGAUGGCGACGUUUACGAGAAAGUCAAUACCGCCACACGUUCGUUGAGGCCAUUGUUUUAUACACUCACAAAUCAUAUUGACGGUGUAUCCACCAUUGAAGACCUAUUACAGCCAACCCCAAACGAAUAUUUAUAUCAGCCCGAACCAUUGAAGCUUGGAGGUGCACAGACUGUAGCGAUUAUGUGCUCCUCAGGCACAACUGGUUUUCCCAAGUGCGUUUGUUUGUCGAAUUAUAUUCUGCAGGUGGAUUAUAUGUUUGUUACCAGUCAUGACGUCAUUUUCACAAAUAGCAGUUUAGACUGGAUGACUGGUAUAUUCUUUACCUUUUUCUCUAGUGCCACAAGUUGUAAGCGUGUCAUUACUAAUCGGCCCUACACACCGGAGUAUUUGGUUGAGUUGGUGAAGAAAUAUAAAAUCACUUAUAUUAUGGCCGCACCACGUCACGUCGCCACCCUGGUCACCUGUGCUAAAGCCACUACGGAUAACUUCAGCUCGAUUCGUACGUUCGUUGUUGGCGGUGGAUGCGUAAGCCUGUCGACACUGAAUCGUUUGCAAAACAUUCUCCAUAAUGGUAUUAUUAACGUAUUAUAUGGAAUGACUGAGAUCGGUUUUAUUUCUCUGAACUCUGGUGAUCAGAAUCUUAGCUCUGUAGGGAAGUUAUGCCACCACAUUGAGGUGCGUAUUGUUGAUGAACAAGGCAAGAAUUUGCAACAAAAUGAAAUUGGUGAGAUUUAUGUGAAGACUGGACAUACUUGGAAUGGUUAUUAUGGUAAUACCAUUGAGACACAACGUAUGCAGGACUCUUUUGGCUGGUUCCAUACCGGUGAUAUGGGUUAUUUUGAUGAUGAAAGUUGUCUGUUUAUUGUUGAUCGUAAGAAGGAAAUAGUUAAGUAUCAGGGUAUGCAAUAUUGGCCAAGUGAGAUAGAGGAUGUGAUUAUGAAGAUGCCUGAAGUGGAGGAUGUUUGUGUGGUUGGCGUAUAUGACGAAGGUAAUGGCGAUGCGGCCGGAGCAGUGGUGGUGCGGCGCAAGGGAGCUCAGCUAACGGAGCGACAGGUCAAGGAGUAUGUCGCUAAACACUUGCCAGUGACCUAUAAACAAUUGCAUGCGGGUGUUGUUUUCGUAGAGCGUCUACCUGAGAAUACAAAUGGUAAGACUUCGAAGAAAGAAGUUAAGGCAUUAUUUGCGACUAACUGAGGAAUGGCGGGGAAAAAUUUGUAGAUGUGUUAGGUUUAAAUGUAUAUAUAUACUUAUGUAUGUGGAUUAGUUUUUGAACCAAAAAAACAUUUUUUAAUAAAAUAUUUAUUUAUUAUCAA